GCAAAGCUAUGCUAGCCUCCUUAGCGAAGCAGCCUGAAAAACAACAGGCUACUUUGCGAAGAAGGCAGCUGCAUGGAUAGCAACAACAACCAGCAGGAUUUCACGCGUGCAAUGAUAUUUUCCUAAACCAUAAUGUACCCGACCCUGAUAAUGCUAGCUGGCUAGCUCGCUAGCUAUCUGCGUCUCUCUAUGUUUGAGUGUCUUCCGGCAGCAGCGGCGGCGGCGGCAGCAGCGGUGCCAUGAACAGUGGACUCCCAGCUUCAGCCGCUCCGCUCGGGGGUGCCGGGAUACCCAGUGUCAAGGUGAAGUUCUGCCGAUACUACGCGAAAGACAAAACGUGCUUUUAUGGAGACGAGUGUCAGUUCCUGCACGAGGAUCCGUCCAUGGCGAGCCUGCCUCUGCACGGCAGCGGCGGCAGUCCCGUCCCGUUGUCUAUGGCCGGGGGUGGCGGGACGCCAGCUGGGUACUCUCUCGGUGGCUCGGCGGCAGCCUGUCCGGGCAGCGGCGGGGCCGGUGUGUCCAAGAAGAGCGAAGCAUUAGGGCCUACAGGCACGUCCCUGGAGGGUCAGCUGUUAACUAUCCCAGGGAUGGAAGGAGCAACCCUGAGCGAUGCCAAUCUGACCAACUCUUACUUCAGCAGCAGUUUUAUUGGUGUCAAUGGGUUUGGCAGCCCAGCAGAUUCUAAAUACUCAAUGAUGCAGCGAAUGACGACCAGCAGCAGCUCUCCCAGUCUACUCAAUGAUGGUGCCAAGAACUUCAGCCACAGCACUCAUGAUCCAGUUAACUCCCCAACAUCGUCAUUAUUCAGUGAUUUUGGUGCUCUUAGCAUUUCCCAAAGGAGAAAGACUCCUAAUCCAGCAGCAAGUGAGUUCAUCCCUAAGGGUGCUCCACGCAUGGCCACGAUGACUCAGUCCAACGUUCAGACCUUCCCCCUGCCACUUUGCCCUCACCCCGGCCUCAGCAGCUCCGCAGCUGCUGGACUUGCUCCAGGCAUGUCUUUGUCUGCGGGUUCGUCUCCUCUCCACUCUCCAAAAAUUACACCUCACACCUCGCCUGCCCCUCGUCGGCGCAGCCACACCCCAAACCCUGCCAACUACAUGGUGCCUACCACCGCAUCUGACCAGGGCACUCACAUUAUCCAAAAGGAGACUGUGGGAGGGACCACCUACUUCUACACAGACAACACCCCAGCACCAAUGGCUGGGAUGGUGUUUCCUACUUACCAUAUUUAUCCCCCCACGGCACCACAUGUGGCUUACAUGCAGCCAAAAGCUAAUGCCCCGUCCUUCUUCAUGGCUGAUGAGCUUCGACAGGAGUUGAUAAACAGACAUCUCAUAACCAUGGCCCAGAUUGACCACUCAGAGAACCCAGAUGUACCGUCUGAGGUGGAUAGCUACCACAGUCUUUUUCCCCUUGAGCCUCUCCUCCCACCAAACCGCAUGCAGAAGACCAGCAACUUUAGCUACAUUACCUCUUGCUACAAGGCUGUCAACACCAAGGAUGACCUGCCUUACUGCCUGAGGAGAAUACAUGCUUUUCGCCUCGUUAACACCAAGUGCAUGAUGCUGGUUGACAUGUGGAAGAAGAUCCAGCACUCAAACUGUGUAACACUGAGGGAGGUCUUCACCACUAAGGCCUUUGGAGACCACUCGUUGGUCUUCUCUUAUGACUUCCAUGCGGGUGCAGAAACGAUGUUCAGCAGACACUUCAAUGAUCCAGCAGCAGAUUCGUAUUUUACCAAGAGGAAAUGGGGACAACACGAGCCUCCCCCACCAAGGCAGCAUGCAGGUCUUCUCCCCGAGUCGCUAAUCUGGGCCUACAUUGUCCAGCUCAGUUCAGCCCUCCGCACCAUUCACACCGCUGGCCUGGCUUGUCGUGUCAUGGACCCUAGCAAGAUUCUCAUUACUGGCAAAACGAGGUUACGGGUGAAUUGUGUUGGUGUGUUUGACGUCUUAACAUUUGAUAACAGUCAGACCAAUCAUCUUGGUCUAAUGCCGCAGUACCAGCAAGCAGACUUGGUGUCUCUGGGGAAGGUGGUGCUUGCACUGGCGUGUAACUCCCUGGCUGGGAUUCAGAGGGAGAACCUGCAGAAGGCCAUGGAGCUGGUGUCCAUCAACUACUCUUCAGACCUCAAGAACCUCAUCCUGUAUCUGCUGACUGAACAGUCACGUCUGCGCAGUGUCAAUGACAUCAUGCCUAUGAUUGGAGCCCGGUUCUACACGCAACUUGAUGCAUCACAGAUGAGGAAUGAUGUUAUUGAGGAGGACCUGGCUAAGGAGGUACAAAAUGGCCGCCUCUUCCGUCUGUUGGCCAAGCUCGGCACCAUCAACGAGAGGCCUGAAUUUCAGAAGGACCCAACAUGGUCGGAGACAGGUGACCGCUACCUGUUGAAGCUUUUCCGAGAUCACCUGUUUCACCAGGUGACCGAAGCUGGGAUGCCCUGGAUUGACCUCAGUCACAUUGUCUCCUGCCUCAACAAAUUGGAUGCAGGCGUUCCUGAAAAGAUCAGCCUUGUCUCCCGAGAUGAGAAGAGCGUCCUGGUUGUGACUUACUCGGACCUGAAGCGCUGUUUCGACAGUACCUUCCAGGAGCUGCAGGCGGCAGCCUCUGGGUCUCUGUAGUGGCCUCGUCAGGCUCGGGGUAGGACUGCCCGGACCUGGAGCAUAUUCUUGCACUACAGCGGAGGACCAGGACCUGACGGAUUUACAUCAGAGUGGUGAAGACCUCAGUCACAUACACUGACCCUGUCCACCAGGAAGACUUUUUCUAAAGUGUAUAUUUUUUAGUUUUCCUAAACCCCGCAGCUGAAAAUCAAAAAAACAAAAGGAAAAAAAAAAGACUAACUGUGACAAAUGAGUAAAGUGACAUUUUUUUAGAUUUGGGGAACAAAACGAAAAACAAACCAUGAGGUUUUGAACUUUUUUCCUGCUUUUAUGGUUUAUUUCUACAGUCGGGGUUUAUUUUUCUGAGAAGGAUGCACUAAGAUUUUAAUUUUUUUGUUUAUUUUUGUUAUUUUUAUGAAUAUGUGUGAGUGGCCUACAGGGUGUACAGAGAGAGCUAAAGUCACACACAUGGACAUAAACACAAAGCAGACUCAGAAUUAAUAAAACAGCAACAACAGAAAAAGUCCAGCUUUUCACUGACUGCAUUUCUCUUCCGGCUGGAGAUCACGCCCCUUUCAUUGUGACGCACUAGGAGAUGGGACACACCACUUAAAGCUUUUGUCAGGGUGACAAAAGGACCGACCACUUGGACGGAUACAGAGGUUCUAACUGGAAUAAAUCAACAGAUCAAUGAUCUUUUACUUCAGGAGAUCAGGCUCAUCAGAAUGAGGUUGGGUGGGAAAACAUACAGGGAUUUAAUCUGGUUCUGUUUUCACUGAGGAAGGGGUGUCUUCUCCUGAUGCCAUCUACCAAGUGUUUGUUACAUAUGCAGAAACCACCUUUUGUGCGACACGAACCACCCGACGACGGGUCAUUUUUGGUUCAGCUGUCCAGCACUUGGCUGUAGCUUGAAUUGGGGUUUAUGUCGAGGUGGUGCCACAGCUGCCUCUUUGUGGAAUGUCCUGAUUUGUAGCCCACCUGUCCUCCCAUGCUCACUGUCCCCUCUUCUGACUCUCUGUUACACUCCCCUCUUCUACCUCCUUUUAUCCCAACCUUCACUUCCCCUCAGGGUGUCUGGACCCCUCUAAUGUUAACAGUGAUGCUUUUUUGUGACUUUUUUUUUCAAGUUGUUUUAUCUCUUUGCUCAGCUGUUGUGCAGGAAUGCAUGAUGGGAGGGGAAAUGGGAGGGCAGUUUAAUUUUUUUGGCUCAGUUUAACUUGUAUUAUUCUGUGGACCAAUUUCAGCAGGGGCAGUAGGUGUGGGGCAAUAGGGAAUGGGAACAGGGCACCAAAAAUGAUGUUUUAAUUGACUUUUUAAGAUCAUGGAAAAACAAAUGUGCUGGCGAGAGAGCAGUGGCGCUGGCUGUUGCACUCACCCAGAAGGCUUGGAAAUCUCUCAGGAUGACGCACAGCUGGAGGGACCCAAUGACUGAAUGUGUUUGGCUGUCAUUGGCUAGCCCCAGUCCAGUCUGAUAGAUGAGCUAGAGUGGAGUGGGCAGGACUUCAGAUGGUGGUUUUAGGAAGGUAAUGUUGUUUUGGUGAUCAUUUUGUGAGGGAUUUCAUGUUUCCCUCAAGCACAGCUUAGUACCCUGUUGCCCAUUUGAAUCAAAGGUUCUGUCCAAUUAUUUUGCAAACAGAAAAUCGCAAUCCAAGUGGGCCCAAGUGUUUUUCUACACAACACUGUAGGACAGCAAGUCAUAAAUGACUGGAGUGAACUGCAUAAUUAAGUACAGUGUCUUAGCUGAAGGCAAUUUGUUUUCUAGUUUUGUAAACCUUUCAAAGUUGUCAAGAGUCUGUUCUUUCGGGCAACGCACCUGCAGGGAGCUGUCUUUGUUAGAUCAUGUACUACUUCCUCUGUUAUAGUGAGAUGAACAGACAAAAACAUGUACGGUGGAUGUGGUGCUUUUAGAACCCUUACUCAACACACAGACCCCAGUCACUCUGUCAGUGCUCAUAUCACUCUCUUCCACAUCAUGAUGCACACUCCAGGUAAUAUUGGUGAUAAUGUUCUACUCCUGCCCCUACAUCAACAUAAUUACAAUCACCAUCUUAGUAUGUUUUUUGCCCCUCUUGUGUUCAUUGUCUCAAAUUUUGCAAUAUUUGUGUGUACAGCAGUAUUUUAAUAAAGAAUACCAGGACUGA